ACUACCCGGCUCCGGACCUGCACAGGGAGUUGGGCGUUUGUCGCUGGCGUGAGCGGCGUUCUGGGCUGGGGUCGGCCCAGACAGCACCCCGGGGAGUCCCGACCCGAAGUUGCUGUUAGGCCGUGGCAGUUCCGGAGCUUCCUGCCUGUGGCCCGCGGAACACCCGAGGCCUGGGUGAGCUCCUGACUUCCUUCCUGAGGGCACAUGGCAUCAUUCUCAGGUGGUGUAAAGGUUUCAGAGCUGCUGAUUCUGAGGGGUGCAAAGCAGAAGGGCCUUCCUCCUGGCUCCGUUUUUCUUCUCUCAGAUUUGGCUUCUGGAGACUUCUCCCAUCCUAAGGGGAAACUGCCCAGAAAGAGGCAUGGCUACUGAACAGAGGGAAACAAGGUCUCAGCUGUCAGUGACGUUUGAAGAUGUGGCUGUGCUCUUUACGCGGGAUGAGUGGAGAAAGCUGGCGCCUUCACAGAGAAACUUGUACCAAGAUGUGAUGCUGGAGAACUAUAGCAACUUGGUGUCAUUGGGACUCCUAUUUUCCAAACCUGAGGUGAUCUCCCUGUUGCAGCAAGGAGAAGAUCCCUGGAAGGUAGAGAAAGAAAGCCCUGGAGGCUCCUCUGUAGGAUGUAAGAGCAGUCCUAAAACCACAAAGUCAACUCAAACUCAAGACUCAUCAUUUUGGGGGCCAGUAAGGAAAAGACUCAAAAAAAAUGAACCCUGGAACUUCAUAUCAGAAAAAUCCUGCUUAUAUGAAGACAGAAUAAAGAAACAGAAGGACAAAAAUGAAAGUUUACAAAUAAUUUCAGUUACCCAUACAAAGAUCCUCACUGUAGAAAGAAGCCAUAAAAGUAAUGACUUUGGCCAGAAUUUCAGCCUGAAAUCAGUGUUUGUUAAGCAACAAAAGACUGCUAGAGAAAAAACACCCUCAAAAUAUGAAAUACAAAGAAAUAGCUUCAGGCAGGAUUCAAAUUUACUUAACCAACCAAAAAUCAAGACAGCAGAAAAACGCUAUAAAUGUAACAUUUGUGAAAAAGCCUUCAUUCACAAUUCAUCCCUUCGUAAACAUCAGAAAAACCAUACUGGAGAGAAAUUAUUUAAAUGUAAAGAAUGUUUGAAAGCCUUCAGCCAAAGUUCAGCUCUUAUUCAACAUCAAAGAACUCAUACUGGAGAGAAACCCUAUAUAUGUAAAGAAUGUGGAAAAGCCUUCAGCCAUAGUGCAUCCCUUUGUAAACACCUAAGAACCCAUACUGUGGAAAAAUCCUAUAGAUGUAAAGAAUGUGGUAAAUCCUUCAGCAGAAGGUCUACCCUUUUUAUACAUCAAAAAAUCCACGCUCGAGAAAAUCCCCACAAAUAUAACCCAGGAAGGAAGGCAUCCAGUUGUAGCACAUCCCCUUCUGGAUGUCAGAGAAUUCAUCUCAGAAAGAAGUCCUAUUUAUGUAAUGAAUGUGGCAAUACCUUUAAGUCUAGUUCAUCUCUUCGUUAUCAUCAGAGAAUUCACACAGGAGAGAAACCUUUUAAAUGUAGUGAAUGUGGGAGAGCAUUCAGUCAGAGUGCAUCUCUUAUUCAACAUGAAAGAAUUCACACGGGAGAAAAGCCUUAUAGAUGUAAUGAAUGUGGAAAAGGUUUCACUUCUAUUUCACGACUUAAUAGACACCGAAUAAUUCAUACGGGAGAGAAACUGUAUAAUUGUAAUGAAUGUGGUAAAGCCUUAAGUUCCCACUCGACACUCAUUAUUCAUGAGCGAAUUCAUACUGGAGAGAAACCAUGUAAGUGUAAAGUGUGUGGGAAAGCCUUCAGACAAAGUUCAGCUCUCAUUCAACAUCAGAGAAUGCAUACUGGAGAAAGACCCUAUAAAUGUAAUGAGUGUGGGAAAACAUUCAGGUGUAACUCAUCCCUUAGUAAUCACCAGAGAAUUCAUACAGGAGAGAAACCGUAUCAAUGUCUGGAAUGUGGGAUAUCCUUUGGCCAAAGUGCAGCUCUUAUUCAACAUCAAAGAAUUCAUACAGGAGAAAAACCCUUUGCAUGUAGUACAUGUGGGAAAACUUUUAGGCAGAGCUCAUCACUUAUUGCGCAUCAAAGAAUUCAUACAGGAGAGAAACCCUAUGAAUGUAAUGCAUGUGGGAAACUCUUCAGCCAGAGGUCGUCCCUUACUAACCAUUAUAAAAUUCACAUUGAAGAGAACUCCUUCAAAUGUGUGGAGUGUGGGAAAACCUUCAGCCAGAGUUCAUCCCUCCUUAAGCACCAGAGGACUCAUACAGGGGAGAAACCCUAUAACUGUAAUGUAUGUGGGAAGCACUUCAUUGAACGCUCCUCGCUUACCGUACAUCAGAGAAUUCAUACUGGAGAGAAACCUUACAAAUGUAACGAAUGUGGGAAAACCUUCAGUCAGAGCAUGAAUCUUACUGUUCAUCAAAGAACUCAUACUGGAGAGAAACCAUAUCAAUGUAAAGAGUGUGGAAAAGCUUUCCGCAAGAAUUCAUCCCUUAUUCAGCACGAAAGGAUUCAUACUGGAGAGAAACCGUACAAAUGUAAUGAAUGUGGUAAAGCUUUUACCCAAAGUAUGAAUCUCACAGUGCAUCAAAGAACUCAUACAGGAGAAAAACCCUAUGAAUGUAAUGAAUGUGGAAAAGCCUUCAGUCAAAGUAUGCAUCUUACUGUACAUCAGAGAAGCCAUACUGGAGAAAAACCCUAUGAGUGUAGUGAAUGUGGAAAAGCCUUUAGUAAGAGCUCAGCUCUUACCCUGCAUCAGCGAAAUCAUACUGGAGAAAAACCCUACAAAUGUAACAAAUGUGGGAAAUCCUUUAGCCAAAGUACAUACCUUAUAGAGCAUCAGAGACUUCAUUCUGGAGUAAAACCUUUUGAAUGUAAUCAGUGUGGGAAAGCUUUCAGUAAGAAUUCAUCUCUUACUCAGCAUCGGAGAAUUCAUACUGGAGAGAAACCUUAUGAGUGUAUGAUAUGUGGGAAACAUUUCACUGGGCGAUCAUCCCUUACUGUACAUCAGGUUACUCAUACUGGAGAGAAGCCUUAUGAAUGCAGUGAAUGUGGAAAGGCCUUCAGCCAGAGCGCAUACCUUAUUGAGCAUCAAAGAAUUCAUACUGGUGAGAAGCCCUAUGAAUGCAAUCAGUGUGGAAAAGCCUUCAUUAAGAAUUCAUCCCUUAUAGUGCAUCAGAGAACUCAUACAGGAGAGAAACCCUAUCAGUGUAAUAUGUGGAAAAGCCUUCAGUCGGAGUACAAAUCUUACACGGCAUCAGAGAACUCAUACGUGAGGGAAGCUUCCAUGGGAUCCUUCACCGUGAUGAACUCUUCAGUGAUAAUCAGAUCAGUCAUGUGAUGUAGAAACCUAAUAAAUGUAACGAUUGUAGUAA